AUGUCGCCGCAGCAGCAAGGGGUUCGAAGGACUACGUUGGCCUCGGCGCCCGGCAAAGUCCUCAUAGCGGGCGGCUACCUCGUCCUGGACGCCGCCUAUCCCGGUCUCGUCAUCUCGACCGAUUCGCGCUUCUACACCCACGCCGCUUCCUCGUCGUCGCACGAUGCCGCAUCAGCAGGAGAAGCACCAUCAGCGGGAGCAGCGAGAGAUCCGGGCCAGCAGCGGGGAGGGUACCGGUUGACGGUCAGGUCGCCCCAGUUCGUUGAUGCCGUCUGGUCAUACACCGCCAGCGUCGACCGAGAUGCGCACUGGAAGCUCGAGCAGACGAGAGCCUCGUUCGACCGCGCCGGCCGCAAUCCGUUCGUCUCGCUCGCGCUCCUCUACACGCUCCGGCUGGCCUCCGAGAUCCUGGGCCGCGAUGCGCUGGUCGAAGCACUCGCCGCCUCUUCGCCCGGCGGCGGCAUCGAGCUGGUCGUCGUGGGCGACAACGACUUCUACAGCCAGCGCGACACGCUCUCGCUCUCGCCCUCCGAGACGCCCACCAUCGCCGCCCUCGAAGCGCUGCCACCGUUCGCGCAGCAGUCGUGCCGCAUCGCCGACGUGCACAAGACGGGCCUCGGCUCGAGCGCGGCAAUGACGACGUCGCUCGUCGGCUGCCUCCUCACUCACCUUGGCGCCGUGGAGCUGGACAGCGACAGCGACGACGCCGCCGGCAAAGGACAGCCUUCGACGCACAGCCUGGCGCUCAUCCACAACCUGGCCCAGCUGGCCCACUGCGCCGCCCAGGGCAAGGUCGGGUCCGGCUUCGACGUCAGCGCCGCCGUGUGGGGCAGCCAGCUCUACCGCCGCUUCGACCCAGCGGUGCUCAAGCCCUGUCUCGACGAGGGCGUGCGCGUCGGCGUCGAAGGCGAAGCCGCUAGCGACGGCGAGCAGGCCGGCAGUCACGCUGGAGGCAGCUCGACGCUGCGUCCCACCUUGGACCCGCUCAACCCGCUCUGGCGCCCGUCACCUCUCUCGUCGUCCUCUGCCGCGGGCCAGUCGUCGUCGUUCCCAACUGCCGUCGAAGGCCUGGUCUCCUCGUCGUCCGCAACCUCGCAGUCCCACGGCGGUGCCACGCUGCCGAGUCCGGCGCCGCUCUCGCUGCCGCCGGGCUUCGACAUGGUGCUGGCCGACGUCGAUGCGGGCUCGAAUACGCCGAGCCUGGUGAGCAAGGUGCUGGCGUGGCGCGCGGCCAAGCCCGCGUGGGCGGGGCAGCUCUACGCGGUGCUGGCGUCGAGCAAUGCGUCGCUGGCCGACCACUUCCUCAACCUGCGGCUGAUGCACGAUGCCGAUCCCGAGGUGUACGAUGGCGUGCUGGCCCAGUGCAGCGGGACGCUCGCGGCCGAGUGGGAUGCGCUGCUCCGCGCCACGCCCGGCCCUGAUGGUGGGCAGCACCAAGAGGAGGAUGGAGGGGAGGAGGAGGUCGAGGUGACGCCGCAUGCGGUGCUGAGCGUACUGAUCGAGGUGCGCAAUACGCUCCGCGCCAUCCGAGCGGGCAUGCGCGAGCUGGGCACGCGCUCGGGUGCGCCCGUCGAGCCGGUCGAGAUGGGCCGGCUCAUCCACCGCGUCGCCGAGAACGUACGGGGCAUCGUGGGCGGCGGCGUCCCUGGCGCGGGCGGGUACGAUGCGCUGUACCUCCUCUACCUCGUUCCUCUCCGCACCACCGUCGGUGAGGGUGAGUUCGAGGGGCCAAGGGAUACGAGGAGUGAGAUCCAGGCGUUUUGGCAGAUGGCUCAGCGCGAACAGGACCUCGUCGACGAGGAGGAGAGCACCGCCAAGGGUGCAGGGGUCAUGCUCAAUGUCGGACCACUGCUCAGUAGGGCGGGACAGGCUAGAGGUCAGGAUGAGGGGCUGGGCGGGUUUAGAAUCGAGGACGUCGACGGCGUCAGGGGUCUCAAGCAGGCUAUUGCCGCGGAGCCCAGGUCGUCGUCGUCGCAGUAG